CUUUUUUAAAUACAAAUACAUAAAAAAGCUUUUCCCUCCUUUUCUCCAAAGAGUAGGAUCUCGAGAAGAUUAGCCGACUGAGAUUCAUUUGAGGUCCCCAGAUUGAUUCUCUGCGUUCGGCUCCUCUAUCUUCUUCCUCGUCACCUCCGUCUCUGCCGUUUCUACUCAGUUGUUCCGCCGCCGAUUUCGGGAACCUCAUCUUUUAGAUUCGUCGAAUUGGACCCAUAGAAGGACUGUUCGUCGUGGACUGUACCUUUGCCUGAAACCUCUUUUCAGCGAUAUUUUCCGGCGGCGCAUCAACUAACUCAAUGGAGAGAAUACACGUGGCCGUUCGUGCUCGACCUCUUUCGGUUGAGGAUGCUAAGUCCAGUCCAUGGCGUAUUUCUUCCAACGCCAUUUUCAUUCCUAAUCACUCCUCCAAGUUUGAAUUCGAUCGAAUUUUCUCCGAAGACUGUAAGACUCUGGAUGUUUAUGAAGCCCGAACUAAAGAAAUCGUUUCCGCUGCCGUUGGGGGUUUCAAUGGAACUGUAUUUGCUUAUGGGCAGACUAACAGUGGGAAAACUUUUACCAUGCGAGGCUCGGCUAUGGAGCCAGGUGUGAUUCCUCUCGCCGUGAGGGAUUUGUUCAAUACAAUUCAUCGGGAUGUAAAUCGAGAAUUUCUUCUGCGUAUGUCCUACAUGGAGAUCUAUAACGAGGAGAUUAACGACUUGUUGGCUCCUGAGCAUCGGAAAUUACAGAUUCAUGAAAAUCUAGAGCGGGGAAUAUAUGUGGCUGGGUUGCGUGAAGAAAUUGUUGCAUCACCUGAACAAGUCCUCAGUUUUAUGGAGUUUGGAGAAUCUCAUCGGCAUAUUGGAGAGACUAAUAUGAACGUCCACAGUAGCAGAUCCCACACUAUUUUCCGCAUGAUAAUUGAGAGUCGAGAUAAAACUGAAGACCAAGACAUCGGUAAUUGUGAUGCUGUUCGUGUUUCAGUAUUGAAUUUAGUUGACCUUGCUGGAUCAGAACGUGCUGCAAAAACCGGGGCAGAAGGUGUUAGACUUAAAGAGGGAUCCCACAUAAACAAAAGCUUGAUGACACUGGGAACGGUUAUUAAGAAACUGAGUGAAGGUGUAGAGAGUCAAGGGGGUCAUGUUCCAUAUAGAGAUAGUAAACUAACGCGCAUUUUACAACCUGCUCUCGGUGGAAAUGCAAACACAGCUAUAAUAUGCAACAUUACACUUGCACAGGUUCACGCAGACGAGACUAAAAGCAGUCUACAAUUUGCAAGCAGGGCUUUGCGUGUUAAAAAUUGUGCUCAUGUCAAUGAGAUUUUAACAGAUGCUGCUUUGUUAAAGCGUCAAAAGAAGGAAAUUGAGGAGCUUCGAGCCAAAUUACAGGGUCCUCAUUCAGAACAUUUUGAAGAACAGAUCCUCAAUCUGCGGAAUAAAUUAUUAAAGACUGAGCUGGAUAGGGAACGCAUAGCUUUGGAGUUGGAAGAGGAAAGAAAAGCCCAAGCCGAAUAUGAGAAGAAGGUUCAAGAACAAGAAAAGAAAAUUGAGAACUUGAGCUCAAUGGUUUUGUGUUCAAAUAGGGAUGAAAGUCGAGAUCGUUUUAGAAAGGAGAAGAGGCGAGAUACUUGGUGUGCGGGUAACCUCUCUCGGGAGACUCUUGAAGAGGUGUAUUCUACCAUGCAAUCAGAGGCUUCUGAUAUAAAACCCAUGAAAAAGAAGCGUGAUACUGGACCACUUCUUCCGUUUGAGGCACUUAUGGACAGCAUCCCUGAGGAUGAUUCCUCCACACAAGAUGAAGAUAGUAAAAGUAAUGCAUCUGAGGAGUAUAAGCUUCCUGAUCCUUGUGUUUUAUUGCAUAUAACAAACAGGAGAAAAGUGCCCGUCAGAAAGAAAGACCAACACUUGGACAAUGAAGUAGCAGAUGUCCAAGCAGAAUAUGAAGAUCUGUUUAUUAAAUUUGAAAGUCAGAGAACUGAAAGUGAGAUUCAAAUUGAUUUCUUGACAAGAAAGCUUGCUGAGGUUGAUAUAGUUUCUGGUGUUAAGGACUGUAUAACCAAUAAUGCUACUGAAGGUACAAUUACUGGGGAUAGGAAUUUGGAUUCAAAUGAGUCAGAGACUAUUCUUGUGAUUAAAAGGCUUCAAGAAAAGAUUAACAAGUUGGAAAUGGAGAAGAAUUCAAGCCAGGUAAACCUGGCAAGCAUUGUGGAGCUUGCAACAGAGCAGAACAUUUGUGCUCGCGAGAAGUUUGAUGAGCUCUAUGAAAAGCUUUCGAAUGCACGGGAGGAGGUUCGGGUCGCUCAUGAACAACUUACUACUAAUGAAUCUGAGGAAUAUUCUGCUUUUAUGGAAAAGCUUUUAACUGAAGUCCAAGAUAUAAUUUCAGAAGUUCAGGACUCAAAAAUGGUUACUGAUGGUAUCUCUUCAUUUGUGGAUGAUGUCUCUGAGACUUUUGCUGCUGUGAUUAAUAUGUUCCUUGAUUUCAAGACUUUGAUUAGCCAGAGUUCUCUUCAAGAAAGAUCAAUUAUAAGUAACCAUGAGAAUUUGAAUUCUUGCUUGAUGCAGAAAGUUUAUAAACUUGAGAAUGAGAAGGGUCAUUUGCAUGAUCAAUUUGUUGAUCUCCAGAACCAGAUUGAAGAAAUUAAACUAGAGGCUCAUAACUCAGAGCAGUCUUUGAGAACACUUUUGGAACAGCAAGAGUUAGAAAAGGAAGAGUAUAUGUCUUAUAUUCAAAUUCUUGAAAAGGAAAUUUCAAGUAUUUCGUCUUGUUCCUCUGCCAAGGAAAAAGAAACUUUGAGAAAAGAUCUUGAAAAAACAAAAGUGAAACUGAAAGAUGCAGAGUUCAAACUUAAGAACGCAAUGCAGGAGAAAACCAAAAUUGAGGGUGCAAAAGCAUUUGCAGAACGAGAAAUAAAACGUUUGCAGGGUCAGAACUCUCUCCUUGAACGUGAUAUUAACAAACGUGAGUCACUUGCUGGACGAAGGCAUGAUUCAUUUGUAGAUAAGAAUUCAAAGAUGUCUGAUCCAAAAAAGUCGAAAGGUCUAACAGUGCCUUUUGAUCAGACACUACAGGAGGAGUACAAAAAGAUGGAAGUUUAUGCAUUUGAAAUGGAAACAAAGAUUUCUUCUCUGAAAGAGGAAUUAUCAGUUAUAUGUGCGGAGAAGGAAGAGACAUUAUCCAGAAAUGAAGAUCUGACUUCUGAAUUAGAAGCUUUGGCUGAGAAGUUAAAUGAUUCCAACACAGAAAUGAAUCUGUUACAGGAAGAAGUUUUGGUGCUUAAGCAAAAGUUGGAAGAAAACCAGUUUGAACAGCGACAAAUGGAGAGCUCCAUAAAAAUACUGGUAGAAGAGAAGGAAGAAUUGGCAAUGCAACUUUCACAUUCACUGUUGGAAAUGGAGGAAGAAAAGGCAAUAUGGUUUGCUAAAGAGAAAGCUACUGUUGAAGUCAUAGAUGAAAAAACAAGGUUAUAUAACACGGAGAUUAUGUCAUUAACGAAAGAAUUGUCAGAGGUAAGAAACAAACUGGAGUCUAGCAGACAAGAAAGUGAGAUUCUGAGGGAAAGAAUGACAUGCUUUGGGGAAGAUUUGGCAAGGGAGAAAAACAGCAUGAAGAUUUUUAUGGGAGCUAAUCAACCAAGGAAUGAUGUAAAUCAAAGUGCUAUUGGGAAUAAACAAGAUCAAGAGUGUGAGUGUCUCAAAAACGAACUUCAUAUUAUGACGGAGGAAAGGGAUUUAUUAACAAUUGAGAUCCAAAAGCAGCAAACUCAUGCAGCUGAAAUGGAAAUUCUGAAUACAAGGUGUAACAGCAUGUUGAUGGAGGCAAAAGUUCAAGUGGACGAGCUGACUAGGAGAAAUUCCAGCAUGGAACUCAAGAUGCACAAUGAUCAAGUUAACAACAACAAACAAGUGUCAAAACUGAAAAUGAGGCUUAAAUGGACGCAAGCAAAGCUAGAUGCAUUUCGAGAUAGAUUCAGGGAGAUUGUAAAUGAGACUGAUCAUAUGAACAGGACAUAUGAGACAGCUGCAAUGAAGCUGAAGGAACGAUUGGCUUCCAAAGGAACUGAGGUCCUUAACCUCAAGAAGCAACUUCUUACUGUGAAGGAGCAAUGAGCAAAUUAUACCCUCCAUGGUAGCUCUGUUAAAUAUUUAUUCAGGCUAGUUAGUUAGCAUUUUUAUGAUGGUAAAAUCUUUUGCUGUAAUUUGGUUAUAUGCUCACUUUUGUAAAUUUGAACUCGUAGGCUUUAAUGAGACUUUUAAGGCUGCAAAUAUCUAGGGAACUCCAUAAAAUAAUUAGAUUAGGCUCGUUUGGUACGCUGCAUUGUAUUAUGUUUUACAAAGUAUGGUAUUGUUUAUAGCUGCUGUUAAUAAAUGUAUUUAUCUUUGUACAAGAACUAUGAUAGUAGGAACUUUUUUUUUUUUGUCA